AUGUUUGCUCUUUGUGCCCUCGUCGUCAACGGCGUGGCUGCCCACCGCAUCGGCACACACUCCAUCGACACGAGCGGAAGCUCUUUCACAAAGGAGGAGAACCAGGAAGAGGAAGCGCGCCGCCGCAUCGACGAACUCACGGAUUUUGGCGCCCAGGCCACCAGUCAUAGCGAGAAUGCGAGCCAGAACAGCACAGACGAUCCGGCCACGAACGAGGUGACCUCCAGAGUGAUCGCCGCGGUUGACCGGUACGUUGCGCAAGAGAAGCAGAGCCUCGAUCGGCGAAGGGCCGAAUUCGUCGAGCUGUCGAAGCAGCCAGUUGGUGAACUGAUUGUCUCCGCCACGAACUCCCACCUCGAGACCAUCAAGCAGCUUGAAUCGACCAUCGAGGAAAAGGUUUCGACCAUCAAGCACCAGGCUUCGAUCAUCGACCGGUUGAGGCGGCCCAGCAAUUUUGUGUGGAACAUCUCGAAUCAAGACUUCUCAGAGGUUGCCUAUAACACCUAUGUGGAGAGUCCAAAGUUCGGCCUCUUGCUCGAUAGUGGCUUUUGGUUUCGAUAUUAUCCGAAAGGAACAUGGGGUACCGGCGAUGAUGGGUGGGCGACGAUCUACUUGAAGCACGACCGGCCCUUGCGCAGUUUGCCCAUUCAUUCCCUUCUCAUGGCGUCUCCUGAUGGCAUGCGUCUCUUCACAUUCGCCUUCUUUGCAAUUUACAUGAGCGAUGUGGAGAAUCAGGAAGCUCACCACGUGGAAGACUCCAUCGACAUUGGCGCCCAGGCCGUUGCCGACGGCGAAGGCUUCUCAGUGCUCCAUGGCGAAUAUGUGGAGAGUCCCAAGUUCGGCUUCAACUUCUCGACAGCGGCUUUUGGUUUGAAUAUUCUCCGAAAGGGGACAAUCCACGGGCAUGGACAUCGGUUUGGAAAUCGUUAUUUCGCUCCGGCGAUCAAGUUCCACGUAAUCAAUGUGAACAUAACGGAGUCGAAUUGCUCAGUUCUGUGGACGUCGCCAAGUAGCUUCGGAGCUUGCACGAAGCGGAAGCCGGAGAAAAGCGAACCGUGA